CCUGAUUCAACGCCAACAUAACUUCUAGCGGUCAGAAGUUUUGCAAUCAUAGAAAAGAAUUCAAUCUCUUCAAUUGCAAGUCACCAUAUCGCCGACAAGAUGUUCGCCUGGUAUCAGCGCAGUCUUCUGCAACGCCCGGUUUUGACCCAGAGUAUUACCACCGCGUGUUUGUUUGGCAUAGGUGACUCCUUAGCUCAACAAGGCGUCGAGCGCCGUGGUCUCGCUCAGCAUGAUGUCAUCCGUACAGGGCGAAUGGCCCUAUAUGGCGGCGUGAUAUUUGGUCCGGUCGCGACCAAGUGGUUUCAAUUUCUCCAACACCGCAUUCAACUGUCUACUCCGGGCCGCACGCUCGUUGCGCGUGUCGCCACGGACCAGCUUGUCUGCGCGCCCACCAUGAUCGGGGUCUUUCUAUCAACGAUGUCGGUGCUGGAGGGUGCCCACCCGCGCGAGAAGCUGCAACGCACGUAUUGGGACGCGCUGCGAACGAAUUGGAUGGUCUGGCCGGCGCUGCAGAGUGUGAAUCUGUACCUAGUGCCACUGCAGUAUCGUGUAUUGGUGGUGAAUAUCAUAAACAUUGGUUGGAAUUGCUUCUUGAGUUUUCUCAACAAUGCCGAGUACGAUGAGGAGCCUCCGGUUGCUUGAUCGGAAUGGCCCAGGUGGUUUCGUCUCUGAUUCGCGUUUCAAGUCGAUUAGAAAGCGUCCA